GCACUCGCUGCGGAAGUACAGGUUCAAAUUGAUAUUCUUGGCAUCGUCUCAUCAUUACAUACUGAAUCUGACAAUCUAUUAUGGCAGCGUGAUCAGAGCCUCACUCUUCCAUCUAAACUUUUGUCGCCUCUGCUCCCUCAUUGUGUCUUCGUUCAACAUGGCUCCAAAUUUGUACUUGGUCACUCGAGCCCUCUUUAAUGCCUCCGAGUGGUUUUCCGGCAGGCCCGGCUUUGGGAGGCGAACCAUCGAGCAUUGGAACAAUCCUGAGCCAGGAUUAUAUGUAUAUGAAGCUGGAAAAGGCUGGCAGCUUUUGGCACGGGAUUCCGAUCGUGGGGAAGAGUUACCGUGUCCAAAGCCCGUUGUCCUAUCCUUGAUUCUGCGUCGCUAUUUGUUCAAAGAGGAUUACGAGAGUCGCAAGAAGGAAGGGGUCAUUCAUGAAGAUGAUCUCCCAAAAAUGAAGCGGCUAAACAGCGCAACCACGAUGAACAGUGAAUCAUCGCUGUUCAAGAGGAAGAACUCCGAAACAGACAGUCAAAAUGCCAACAUAAAGAAAUAUGAGCGUGCAAUUUUUUUCAGGCUUGAUGACGAGAAAAGCUGGGUAUGUGCUUGGGACGCAGACGGCGUCGCAAUUUCUGGGCCGUACGAUCAGUGGGUUUUCGAUCAUCGAAGCCAGAAGUUCCGACAAAUGGAAAAUCCAUCCAACCCACGCACCGAGACGAGGAAUACGUCCAAGUUUCUAGAACGAGUCCCAAAAGCGCAGAACGGGACAGAUGUCAAGGAGUGUAUCCUACCGGCCAACAAUCUUCGAAACUACAGAGGCCAGACUUCAAAAUUAGUGGCAACAGCACCAUCGACUCCCGCUGAAACAGCGAGGAUGUUACCUUCUUCGGCCGCCAAGGCGUGUCCAGAAGUCGAUAUCGCCACGGCCUCGUCCUGCUCGUACUGUGGCAGACCUGGCCAUGAGCAGCAAUGACCUCCGCCGCAGAGUCACGGCCUGCAAGUCCACAUCCGAGUCUAGGGCCGCGCGGGAUGGAGAUGAGUAGAAAGCCAAAGACAGCGAUAGAAUGAUUUCAAAUUGGCAAGGAAGGGUGCCUUUGGAGCCUGAUGCGAGGAGCCGAUGCCAUAUGUCGUGCAACUGAAAAUGUAGGAAGCAAAUACACACAGGACUUUGGUUUUCUCUCUGAAUUCGAGAUCACUAUUUCUGGACCGGAUGACUUCAACCCAUACUGUUCUUCUUCCAAACUCAGCAAGGGAUUUACCCGCGGAAGCAAGGUCGCUAUUCGAUACUGUGAUAGAUACCAGUGAUGGCUUACUUUAGGGGCUACCAAGUACCA